CAACUUAGUCGACAAUCUGGUGCGAUAGCGGGACAUUUUAUGUCACAUGGCUUAAGCUAUUCACUCAAGACAUUUAUUUAUUCAGUAAUUGAAGGUAAUUAGAUAAUAUGUUUCCAUGAAUCAUGGAUGUGGUACCUCAGACUCCAUACCAGAGACUUGCACUCCUGAGAAAUGAUCCACAGUUGCGUUUGAACAGCUAUUUGAACUGGCCACCUUCUGCCCAUGUGACCCCACAGGAUUUGUGUGAGGAUGGGUUUUACUAUACUGGUCUGGAAGACCGAGUACAGUGUACUCACUGUGGAGGUACACUCAGUCACUGGGAACCUGGAGACAUUGUUGCCAAUGAACACAGCACACAUUUCCCACAGUGUCCAUGGGUAGUUUCCAGACGCAACAACCCUCUGUUUCGAUCCACAACACAGCAGUGUGGUUUUCCCAACAUCAGUGACAGUGGAUUUGCUUUUGGACAUCAAAGGAGUUCUCCUGGUGUCCCUCUCCAGUACCAGGCAUCGUCACAUCCAGGGGAUGUUCCAGGCACCAACCGACCGAAAUACUCAGAAUAUGCAUUAGAAAGUAAUCGACUCACAACUUUUAAAGGCUGGCCUUCUCAGCUCAGUCAGAAACCGGCAGCGCUGGCUAAGGGAGGACUCUUUUACCUUGGGCAGGGUGACCGCUGUAAGUGUUUCUACUGUGGCGGAAUUCUCUAUGACUGGGACAUUGGAGAUGAUAUCUGGACAGAGCAUGCCAAGUGGAUUUCUAAAUCAGACACACAUUGUAAUUUUGAUUUGUAA